UAGUCAUCCAGUAUUUUGAGGCAGCUUGAGAAGGAGUUGAUGAAUUCAGACUUCUCCCCUGCCACCCUGGGAGACGUCCCAGGGAUCAGAGGGGCCCGUUUCUUCGGGGCCCCCAGUGUUUCCGAGGGAUACACUGUCUUUGUAGGCAACGGAGAAACCCGUGCUUCUCCCAGGCCGUCUGAUACUUUCGGUUUCCACCGAAGUCGCGCAGCGCUCUUCCUGUUCGGUCUCGUCUUUGUGUCUGUGUGUUUGUCUCUUUACUUUCUCUCUACAACUAACAUGGGGCACUCACUGACCACUCCUUUGAGUCUCACUCUAGAUCAUUGGCAAGAUGUUCAAGAUCGGGCAAACAACCUGUCCGUGACAAUCAAGAAAAAGAAAUGGAAAACACUCUGCACCUCGGAAUGGCCAGCCUUCAACACUGGCUGGCCGGCAGAAGGGACUUUUAACAUUAAUCUUAUCUUACAGGUGAAAUCCCAAAUCUUUACCCAUGGUCCUCAUGGACACCCCGACCAGGUACCCUAUAUAGUUACCUGGGAAGAUCUGACCUCCAAUCCACCCCCUUGGGUGGUUCCUUUCUCUCCUCCCAAACCCCUUGAACCUUCUGCUCCCCUCAUCCCCGUUCCCCCUCCCUCUUCUCAAACCUCUCAACUUUACCCCGUUCUUAACAAAUCUGAGACCUUAAUUAAAGCAAGGGCAACGCCAAAGAAGGUUCUGCCGCCAGAAGACUCAACUCUGAUUGACCUGCUGACUGACGAGCCUCCUCCUUACCAGCCCCAACCCUUACAAGCCCCUGAGCCCGAUCAACAAUCCUCAGAGGAGGAAAACAACCAGGAGGGUCCAACCGCCAGUGCUCCCCUGGAUCCAUCUCCCAUGGUGGGACGACUCCAGGGACAUCGAGACCACACCGCCUUGGGGGACACCUCUAAAGUCCUCCCCCUACGACAAACAGGGGGCCCCAAUGGCCAAUAUCAGUACUGGCCUUUCUCUGCCUCUGACCUCUAUAACUGGAAAACCCAUAACCCUUCCUUUACUAAGGACCCUAUAGCUCUAACUUCUUUGAUUGAAUCUAUUCUAGUAACUCACCAGCCAACAUGGGAUGAUUGCCAGCAGCUCUUACAGAUACUCCUCACUUCAGAGGAAAAACAAAAUGUUCUCUUGGAAGCUCGCAAAAAUGUGCCAGGGGACGACGGGCGCCCCACCCAACUCCCAAAUUUGAUUAACGAAGCUUUUCCUUUAACCCGGCCAAACUGGGACUAUGCAACUGAAGCAGGUAGGAACCACCUACGUCUCUAUCGCCAGUUACUCAUAGCGGGUCUCCAUGGAGCAGGGCGACGGCCCACCAAUUUGGCUCAGGUAAGACAGACUAUCCAGGGGUCAGAGGAAACUCCAACAGCCUUCCUAGAGAGAUUAAAAGAGGCUUAUCGGAGGUUUACUCCCUUUGAUCCUGAUAGUGAGGACCAGAAAGGAAACAUUUCUAUGGCUUUUAUUUGGCAGUCCGCCCCAGACAUCAGGACUAAAUUGCAAAGAUUAGAUAAUCUACAGGAUUUUUCUCUAGCAGAUUUACUGAAGGAAGCUGAAAAGAUAUUUAACAAAAGAGAAACUCCAGAAGAACGAGAAGAUAGGAUUAGAAAGAUGCAAGAAGAACGAGACCUUAAGCUUAGGGAAGAAUCAGAUAAGAGAGAGAGGGAAAAAGACCGGAGGCGUAAUAGGGAACUGAGUAAGAUAUUGGCCACUGUAGUUCAGGCAGGACAGCAGGGAGACAAGAUAAACAGGGACAGGGAACGGAGCAAACCCCGUGUAGACCGAGACCAAUGUGCCUACUGCAAGGAAAAAGGACACUGGGUAAAAGACUGCCCAAAGAGACCCCAACCCCAGAAGAGGUACAAAUCGGACCCCCAACUGCUAGCCUUAGACGAAGACUAGGGGAGUCAGGGCCAGGAGCUCCCCCCUGAGCCCCGGGUAACUCUGCAAGUAGGGGGGCAACCUGUGACCUUCCUAGUGGAUACAGGAGCCCAACACUCGGUGCUGACGCAAGCACCAGGGCCCAUGAGCCACAAAACGACAUGGGUUCAAGGUGCCACCGGGAGCAAACCAUACCGAUGGACCACCAAAAGAGAAGUACACCUUGCCACAGGUAAGGUUUCCCAUUCGUUUCUACAUGUGCCUGAUUGUCCAUAUCCACUACUAGGAAGAGACUUAUUGACCAAGUUGAGAGCCCAAAUUUAUUUUAAGGAUGGGAGUGCCUCCAUCACAGGGCCAAACCAGACCCCCUUACAUAUAUUGACUUUCAAAUUGGAAGACGAAUAUAAACUGUUUGACAAACCUUCUGUACCUAUAAAAGAUAUGAACUAUUGGCUUAGUUCUUACCCAGAGGCCUGGGCUGAAACUGGAGGAAUGGGAAUGGCUAAACAACAAUCUCCAAUAGUCGUUCACCUAAAAGCCACUGCUACUCCCAUCAGUAUUAAACAAUAUCCUAUGUCAAGGGAGGCCUAUCAGGGCAUCAAACCACAUAUCAAACGCCUCCUAGACCAAGGCAUUCUAACACCUUGCCGGUCGCCCUGGAACACUCCAUUGCUGCCCAUCAAAAAGCCGGGAACUAAUGAUUACCGACCGGUCCAAGACUUAAGGGAAGUCAACAAGAGGGUAGAAGAUAUUCACCCCACUGUGCCAAAUCCUUACAAUCUCCUCAGCACCUUGCCUCCUACCCAUACUUGGUAUACUGUUCUGGAUCUGAAAGAUGCCUUUUUCUGCCUAAAACUGUCUCCCCAAAGUCAGGCUCUUUUUGCAUUCGAAUGGAAGGAUCCAGAGGAAGGAGUCUCUGGACAACUGACCUGGACGAGACUGCCACAAGGAUUUAAAAACAGCCCAACACUCUUCGAUGAGGCCUUGCAUCAGGAUUUAGCCGAUUUUCGUGUAAGACACCCUUCCUUAAUCCUGCUUCAAUAUGUAGAUGACAUCUUGCUGGCUGCAGCCUCCAAGGAAGAUUGCCUAACAGGUACGGAGGAAUUAUUGCAAACUCUGGGACUAUUGGGGUACCGGGCGUCAGCAAAAAAGGCCCAAAUCUGUCAGACAAAAGUUACCUAUCUUGGCUAUGAACUCCAUGACGGUCAACGCUGGUUAACAGCUGCCAGAAAAGAGACUAUCUCGAGUAUACCAGCCCCCCAGAGCCCCAAGCAGCUGCGGGAAUUUCUAGGGACCGCCGGUUUCUGUAGACUCUGGAUUCCUGAAAAGAAAUCAUCUUGUUUAAUACUGAAGGGUCUGUGAUAUCUACCUUAUUAGCAACCUGACAAGUUAGUGGCCAUUUUAGCUGCUCAAUUCUUAUUUUCUUCAGAAAAUUAUUUCACCUUUUGACUAAGGGGUUUCUCAUUUUUGGUGCUGUCUAAAGUCUCUCCCAACUCUGUGAUUUGAUAUCUUUUCUUCCUGUAUCCUACCUCACACAAACCCAACUCUAUUAACUUGACUUCUAAUAUUCCCUGUUGCUUUGCUUACAAAAUCAACACAGUUUCUAGGAAAUCUCAUUAUUUUUGAAUGAGCAUGAGUUAUGACUUUCUAAAAACAUCUAAAACCCAAUUGUCAUUGUGUGAAUUUCUUUAAUCAAAGACAUCUCAAGAAAUCAGGGUGGUUUGCCUCCCAGCAGGACCCUAUUUACAUCCCACUGGCUUUUCUUUCAAGGGAGUGUCAGAACUGUAGAACCCUUUCCAAA